AUGACUGAAGGACGCUUAACGUUUGUUACAUUGGCUACAAACGAUGCCUACGCGAUUGGUGCUCUGAUACUUGGCCAUUCCCUGCGACAAACCGGAACGAAAAAUGAGCUUACAAUUAUUAUCACUGAAGGCGUUCCGCACAAUUUUCGGUUUGUAUUAGUUUUUGCCCAAAUAGAAACACUGCUUUAUUUUAAGGGAUUUCAAAUUCGCAAAAGUGAACUUCUCCGUGGUGUUUUUGACAAUGUCGUUGUUGUGAAGCCUUUACAAAACUUGAACACAAGGAAUUUGAGCCUGCUUAGGCGACCGGAACUUGGAAUAACCUAUUCAAAAUUGUAUUGCUGGAAACUGAUCGAAUUUACGAAAGGAGUCUUUCUUGAUGCAGACACUAUUGUGCUACAAAAUAUUGAUGAUCUCUUCGAUCGGGAGGAGUUGAGUGCAGCACCUGACGCGAGUUGGCCAGACAUAUUUAAUUCUGGAGUCUUUGUCUUUCGUCCAAGCUUAAAAACCUUCGCCGAGUUGUGCGAACUUGCAAAGACCAAGGGCAGUUUCGACGGUGGUGAUCAAGGUCUUCUUAAUGAAUAUUUUAGUGGCUGGGGCUCGGAGACGUUAGACAGGCACUUGCCCUUCAUUUACAAUUGCUCGUGUUGGAUACCGCUUCCCGACCGUCCCGUCUUCUACACCCGUCCGCCGGCCUGGAAGAAAUUCGGCAACCAGGUUAAAGUGGCCCAUUUCGCCGGAUUGGAGAAGCCCUGGAAGUACCGAAUGGCUGCCAAUGAUGGCGCGAUAUGCCAUGCCAUUGAGCGACUAGAAAGCUCUGACAGUAGUUUCACGGUUGCUGAAGCGGAGGGUGUGCUGGCGUUCUGGUGGGCCACAUUUUUCAAACGGGUCAAACAUGAACUUAGUUAUGGAAUGUUUUUAUCGACAGUAUUCGAGCCAGUACCUCCUCCUCCACCACCGCCACCACCAACGGCGGUACAUGCGAACUAUGCGGCCGAGUCGCAAGAUCAGAGUUCCUUUUGGCUUGGGGAAACGUCCUAUCACCCUGAGUUCCAUGACACGUCCUUUGAUUAUCUACACAGUGGACAGCGGGUUGACGAAGCCAGUAGGUUUAAAGAGUUCCACAUGUACAACGAACCACCCAAACAGACGGAACCACCACAGCACACGCAACAUCAUUGUCAUUAUCGCAAAUAUGAGCCAGAGGUUGGUCCCACCUAUCACCAUGUCCAACAGAGUCACCACGGAGAUCCCCAGACGUACAGCAAUGAAGAGCAUUGUCAACCCAGUCAGGACAGGUUUCCGCAACGGGAACAAUGUCAAGAACCUAACUACCGCGAGCACCAAUAUCAUCACCAACAACAUCAACAGAAUGUGCCUUGUCUGGAGGAACUAAAACAGGAAGAUCCACCUCAGAAACAGCCGCCACCACCACCAGCAGAGAAAAAUGGUCCUCCAGAGUUUCACAAUGAAGAUCCACUGCUUCAGCCUUCCUUACCUCCAGCACCUUCACUAGAGGAUGAGCCAAGAAACGACAAGGAUCCGCUUUUUUUCGUACCUAAGCCGAUGUGUCCGGAAUGUCUAAGAGAGCUACGAUGGAGCAGACAGUUUGUGGACCCACUUCAUCGGGGAUUCCUUGCCCCGUUGUCGUUAAUGCCACUCACGAGCUCCAGUAGUCGCGUGAGGCGUCGCUCUGUGCCUCUGUGGCCUUCUGGACUGCAAAUCGUCCGAGAUUUCCGGCAGUCGACAUCUUUGUGCGUGGCCACUGAGAAGCCCUUAAAGGGUAACGGUAAUCAUGCUCAAAAGAAAGAUGACUGCUUACACGUCGUACAAAAACGAAAGUCGAAUCAUAAAAGGGGCCAGAAAAAACAACUCGACCGAAAUAAAUUAUUAGAUGCAGCAAAAAAGCGAAUGCAUUUAAAAGGAGAGGAGCAAGCAACGAUAAAAAUUUUGCCGAGAACAGUACCGGGUAUUCGAGAAGUUAAGAUUCCUACAAAGUCGCCCAUUGGUUCGACAUCCAAACACGGAACUGCACACAUUCCAGCGAAUGUCAUGAAACCAAUUUCCGAUGUCAAACCGAGGUCGAGGAAGGAGGCGAAACAGAGGAGGACAAAGAAGGCAGCAGACCCGGAUCCUUCGAAAGUGGCCCCAAAAAAGGUUGAAGCCGAGCCCGCGGAGAUCGGUGGGCCUGCGAAUGAGGCUCCAUGGCUCCCGCGAUGCACGCGAACUCGGAGUGUUCCUCAGCACGUGAGUUUCCAUUUCGAUUUUGACCAGCACUAG